AUGGACCUCUUCCACGAGAACUUCAGGAACGCCGAGGAGCUGGCCGAGCCCGUGGGCGCGCGCGUGGCAGGCGCGAUCCCCUCGUGGCUGUGCGGUUCCCUCCUGCGCGUCGGCCCGGGCAAGUUCGACCUCGGGGACUUCGCCCUCAACCACUGGCUCGACGGGAUGGCCAUUCUCUACAAGUUCUCGAUCGAGGGCGGGAAGGUGACGUUCCGCUCCAAGUACCUGAAAUCAGACGCAUACAAGAAGGCGUGCGUGGCGAGCAGGCCUGUCUUCACGGAGUUCGGGACGCACUCCUUCCCCGAUCCCUGCAAGAACAUCUUCUCCAGGAUGUUCUCCAACUUCGACUGCCACGCCAUGACGGACAACGCGUCGAACAACGCCUUCUGCGUCGAGGACCAGGUGUUCGUGGCGUCAGAGACCUGCUUCGUCAGGAGGGUCGACCCGGCCACGCUCGACACUCGCGAGAAGGUGGACUUGAACAAACUCGUGAGCGUGAACUUCGCUUCGUCCCACCCUCUGCGGGACAGACACGGCGCCACCUACAACCUCGGAGGAAGUUUCACGUCAGGACUCAAGUACCACAUCUUGAGGAUUCCGCAGUGCAAGGACACUCGGGGAGGCGCCGACCCUUGGAACAGCGCCCGCAUCGUGAGCACGAUUCCGUCCAGCUUCCGCGCCUCCUUCUCCUACUACCACAGCUUCGGGAUGAGCGAGGAGUACCUGAUCUUCCUCGAGCAGCCUCUCCUCGUCAACACCCUGAAGCUUGCCACCUCGCAGAUCAAGAGCAGGGCCAUGCACGACUGCAUGGAGUGGCACCCGCAGGAGAAGGUCAAGUUCCACCUGCUGCGCAAAUCCUCGGGCGAAGCGGUGAAGGUCAAGUACAUGUGCGAUGACCCCUUCUUCACCUUCCACCACGUGAAUGCGUACGAGGUCAAGGAUCACCUGGUGGUCGACAUCAUCACGUACCCGAGUCCGGAGAUCCUCGACAAGUUCUACCUGAACAAAAUCCGCGCGCAGGAGUUCGACGUGAAGGACGCGCCGCAGCUGCAGAGGUUCAUUCUGCCCCUCCUGGCGGAUCUCCAGGGGAUGCCCGAAGGCGAGGAGCUGGUAAGACUGCCGGGGGCCAAGGCUUCGGCCAAGAUCCGGAAGGACAGCUCAGGAAGUCCCUACGUGUCACUGACGCCCGUGGACGUCGGCCGCCCGGGCUUCGAGAUGCCGGUGAUCAACCCGAAGCACACGGGCGCCCCCUACCGCUACGUCUUCGGCACCGGCGGAUACGACAUGGGCUCCUUCAAGAACUCUGUGUGCAAGGUGGACGUGGACAGCGGCCGGAGCCAGGUGUGGCGCGGCGUGGAGCACCAGUACCCGGCGGAGCCAGCGUUCGUGGCCGCCCCCGACGCCAGCGCCGAGGACGACGGCGUGGUGCUGGUCUCCGUCGUGGACGUGCGCCCCGACUUCCCCGACUUCCUGCUGGUGCUCGACGCGCGCACCAUGGAGGAGCUGGCGCGCGCGGAGGUGGACGGGCCUGUGCCCAACGGCCUACACGGGACCUUCCUCCCGGACAGGCUAUACAUGGAUUGUCCUUCAUUUAUCAUUUCCUCAUCACAAGGGCCAGUUGCCAAAAAUACACAUACAAACCGCGCUACUCUCGUCACCUUCGCGUCAUCGCCAGGGACGGGAUCAUCUCGACUGGCGAAGUUUGAUUUGUGGCACACUCGAUCUGCCAGCCGUGUGUGCAAACCUUACAAAGUGGAAGCCCCUUUGCGUUGUGAAAUGUCUGAUAUAUUCUAUCGUGGUCACAUUACAGAGAACACAAUUCAUUCGUUGGCAAGGCUUAACACUAUAUUGUUUCCACAGGGCUUGAAUUCCGCAACCUCCAGAGGUCCGCGUCCUUCUGGCCCUCGAAUCCUCCCAGGCCGUGUCCGAAGGCGCAUUCCCUCCCCGUCGAGGGCGCUUGGCCGCUGGGCCUCUCCCGGACGCACGGCAGCCAAGGACGUCUCGAAGGGAGAGAGGCUGCGAGCAGGAGGCAUUCGGGGGAAGGGAGAGUGA